GUUGCUACUCAAUCACGACGCAGAGUGCACGCGACGAGUGUACAGCCAGAAACACCGGCGUUAAUACACUUGUUUGGGGUACAAGAUAACCUUGAGCGGUUUCCCAAAGUAUAGGAUACUCGUCUCUAUCAGGCACACUUGCAGUGAGGCGAAAUCUACAAUUCCUAGCAACAUAGUCGGCCGACAAUGGGGAAAAGUAGGUAGCUAAUCUGUGGGGGAGUCCAAUCAGACACUUGGAGUGAAAUCCGUCUCCGUAUGUGGUGUCCAGAGGCUGAAGGAACAUCGAGCUCCUUACCACCAAUUAGGUUGAGGAGGACGCUGGUGGAUGUGAAGGAAGAAACAGCAACAAACAUGGCGGUCACCAGAGACUCAUCUACCUCCGCUGGGCAGCCUCACGAUGAUGCAUUGGAGUCUUCUGACAAUUCUGACUCGGAGAGCAGCUCGAGUUCCAGCAGUAGCAGUAGCAGUCCAGAUAGUAGCAGAGAUGGAAGCAGGUCCCCUACAGGGAAUCGCACGCCAUCACCAGCUGGCAGUAAGAGAAGUAUAUCUCGAAGCAGAAGUCGAACCCCAAUAAGGAACCACGCGAGUAGGUCUGUCAGUGGCAGUCCCAGGAGCAGAGCUAGUGGAUCACCACAAAGCAAAACUAAUUAUUCACCACCAGGUAGUCCCCUGAGUCGGAGCAGUGACUCGCCACGUAGUCAUGGGCGAUCACCGGCAGGCAGCCACCGCAGCAGGAGUGGGACUCCGAGAAGUCCCAGGAGUAUGUCAGGCUCUCAUCCUAGAAGUAGAUCUAUUUCACCUCAAAGAAGUAGGUCUGGUACACCAGCCAGUAGAACUCCAUCUAGGUCAGUUGCUGGUAGUCUUACUCCAGCCAUUUCUCGAGGUAGUAGGUCACCUAGAUCUAAAGUGGAUAGUACAACACCAUCAGGUUCUAGGGCAUGGAGCAGGUCUCCAGUGGAUUCUAGGAUUGGGAGCAGGUCACCAGUGGGUUCUAGGAUUGGAAGCAGGUCACCAGUGGGAUCUAGGAUAGGGAGCAGGUCACCAAUGGGAUUGAGGACAGGGAGUAGGUCACCAGCAGGUUCUCGAGCAGGGAGUAAGACACCAGCAGGUUCUAGAUUAGGGAACAGGACACCAGCAAGGAGGUCACCAGCAGAGUCUAGAGCAGGGAGCAGGACACCAGCAAGGAGGUCACCAGGAGGGUCUAGAGCAGGGAGCAGGACACCAGCAAGAUCAGUAGCAAGGAGCAGGUCACCAGUAGGUUCUAGAGCUGGGAGCAGGACACCAGCAAGGAGGAGGUCACCAGCAGGUUCAAGAGCAGGGAGCAGGACACCAGCAAGGAGGAGGUCACCAGCAGGUUCAAGAGCAGGGAGCAGGACACCAGCAAGGAGGAGGUCACCAGCAGGUUCAAGAGCAGGGAGCAGGACACCAGCAAGGAGGAGGUCACCAGCAGGUUCAAGAGCAGGGAGCAGGACACCAGCAAGGAGGAGGUCACUAACAAGGAGUAGGUCACCAGUAGGUUCCAGGACAGGGAGCAAAUCACCAGCAGGAUCUUGGACAGGAAGCAGAUCACCAGGUUCUAGGGCAAGGCACAGGUCACCAGGUUCUAGGGCAGGGAGUAGAUCACCAGCAGGUUCUAGGGCAGAGAGUAGAUCACCAGCUGGUUCCAGGAUAGGAAGCAGGUCACCAGCAAGGAGCAGAACACCAGCAGGUUCUAAAAGAGGGAGCAGAUCACCAACAUAUUCUAGAGGUAGAAGCAGGACCCCAUCACCUGUGGGGUCAAGAAGCAGUAGAUCCCCAUUAAGAUCAAGGACUGGCAGCAUAUCUAGAUCAAGAACUGGCAGUAGGUCAUCAGUACAUUCAAGAACUGGUAGCAGAUCUCCAGUGCGAUCAAGAGCUGCCAGCAGAUCUCCUAGGUCACCUCCGUUUAGAGGAUCCAAAUCUCCUAGCUCCAGGGCAGGCAGCAGCAGAUCACCAUUACAGUCAAGGGCCAGCAGCAGGUCUCCAAGGUCACCUGCUCACUCUAGAAGGUACAAAUCACCAAGUUCCAGGGCAGGUAGUAGAAGCCCUGCAGGGUCUCGAAGUCGUAGUAGAUCUGGUAGUAGGGCAUCCCAAGAAGGCAGCCGAGGAAAGAGGUCGCCAACUGGAAGCCGGAAGUCUGGGUCUCGAUCACGAUCAAGGUCACCUCAUGGCAGUGAUAAUGAAGCAAAAAGAGCUCGCAGGGAUGCUGAAUCUAGGAAGGGGUCGGAUGAUGACAGUGACUUGGAUGUAGGCAGGAAACGCAAACGUGCUCUUCUGAGCGAUGAUUCAGACGAGGAUGUGGCAAAGAAAGCCAGAUCUGAUGAUGAGAUGAAUGAUGUUAAUGCAGAAGAUUUGUUUGGUGAUGCUGAUGACAUCAGUGAAGACGAUGAAAAAGGUAGACAGAGUGAGACUGAUGCUGACCGACGUCGCUCGAGGUCACGGUCUCGUUCACGGUCAAGAUCACGAUCAAGGUCACGCUCGAGAUCACGGUCAAAAUCUCGAUCUCGUUCUCAAUCACGUUCACCAAGACAUGCUGUACCUGAUGAUGAAGAGAAGGAAGAUGAGGGCCCUCCACCAGAAACAAGAAUUGAAGCAGAGAUUCCAAAAAUUAACACUGAUUUAGGCAGGGAUAUACAUUUUGUGAAGUUACCAAACUUCCUUUCGGUUGAGACAAGACCGUUUGAUCCAGAACUUUAUGAAGAUGAAAUUGAUGAGGAAGAGACACUUGAUGAAGAGGGACGAGCAAGGCUGAAGCUGAAAGUUGAAAACACAUUGAGAUGGAGGACUGUUUUUGAUAAGGAGGGGAAUGCUGUUAAAGAGAGUAAUGCCAAGUUGGUUCGAUGGUCUGAUGGAUCUAUGUCUCUUCAUCUUGGUAAUGAAAUCUUUGAUGUCUAUAAACAACCUCUGCAGGGAGACCACAACCAUCUCUUCAUUCGUCAAGGAACUGGUCUGCAAGGUCAAGCAGUUUUUCGUACAAAACUAACCUUCCGUCCUCAUUCAACUGAUUCAUUUACACAUCGCAAGAUGACUCUCUCUCUUGCUGACCGCUCACAGAAAACAAGUGGUGUCAAAGUUUUGUCAAAUGUUAGCCGUGAUCCAGAGAGUGCUCGUGUAGAGAGUUUACGAAGAGAUGAAGAUAGAUUAAGAGCUUCCAUGAGGCGAGAAAGCAAGCAACGUCGAGUGAGAGAAAAAGCUUCAAACCGUGGACUGUCUGCCAACUACUUAGAACCUGAUAAUUAUGAAGAUGAUGAUGAAGGUGGCAUUUCCUUGGCUGCCAUUAAAAGCAAGUUUAAGAAUAAGCAAAAUGAUCGUGCCCCAAUUUACUCAUCGGAUGAAGAAGAAUCUGAUAUUGAGACAGACAAGGCAAAGCGACUGGAGAGGGCGAAGCACACUAUUAAGGACUCUGAUGAUUCACAUAGCGAUAGUGGAAGUGAUAGUGAGAAAGGUGAUAGUGGCAGUGAUGAUGGUAGUCGGCAGAGCACACGGAAAAGUGGAAGUCGAAGUAGGAGUGCUAGUAGGGACCCAAGUAGGAGCCCAAGCAAGAGUAGGAGCCGAAGCAGGAGCAAGAGUAGAAGUCCAAGCAGGAGCAAGAGUAGGAGUCCAAGCAGGAGUAAGAGUAGAAGCCAGAGCAAGAGCAAGAGUAGGAGCCGAAGCAGGAGUAAGAGUAGGAGCCAAAGCAGAAGCAAGAGUAGGAGUCCAAGCAGGAGUAAGAGUGGGAGCCCAAGCAAGAGUAAGAGUAGGAGUAGAAGUAGAAGUAACAGCAAGAGUGAUAGUGGUAGCAACAGUGGAGGAAAGUCAGGUUCAGGCUCUGAUAGUGAGUAACCAAUGCAAAACUUAGUUUUAGAACCUUUGAAGCUGUAAUGACACUACUGGAAGUAAAAUUUUCUGCUAAUUUCAGUGCUCUGUGCAUUUCACAAUUUUUCUUUUCUAUGAUGAAUAUGAUUUUUUUCUUACUUCCAUAUAAUAUAUGAGCUGUAAAUUAUU